ACUGUUGCGGCAGCAGCGGCGGUGGCAGCAGCGGUGCUGACGUUGGGACAGCGGUGUCGGGACAGCGGUGGCAGCAAGAGUUGCGGGACUGGCGGAGGACAAGGCACCAUGGCCCUUGCUCUGCGCCUCCUACUCCUGCUGCUCCUGGCUGUGGCCCUGCCUGCCAGGGCUGCCCAGGCUGCUCCGCUGCAAGCGCGGCGAGCAGACUGGAAUAGUGACAUGGGUUUUCAGGAAGUCCUGAUGAAGGAUGGUUUGAAGUUCCUGGAGGAUGCUGGAGCUGAACCUGCCGGUGAAGGCCCCACAUCCAGGACUGAGGCUCUGGGAGAUGCUGAGGGUGUGUCUACAGGGAGGAGAUUCAUCCGUACGUUGGUGGUUAUUGCCAACAAGACCAGUCUGCAUGGCAGGGUUCCUCCAAAGAGGAAGAUGCAAGACACAACAGAGAAGAUAUCCCUGGAACCAUCCAAACAGAUGAGGCAAGUGCUGAAGAAAAUGCUGCAGGGAGGAAAAGAAAUGAAAGGAGAGCCUGUGCAGAUGGAAGCAUUUCCCGGAGGAAGCAGUGGUUCUGUGCCAACAUCUGUUGAAGGAAGGGAGGCGACGCCAGGCACAGGCACAGGAGAUGAGGUUGCUGGAAAGGCGUCUCCAUUACCUUGGAUGAAUAAAGUUUUGAAGCCCUUGGAGCCUCCUGCAGAUGUGUCUCCAGGGAGGACUUCUCCAGCUCCUACCUUGGAUGCUGCACAUAAGUCCAGCUCCCAUGGCAGGGGUUCUCCAACAGGGAAGAUCCUAAACACAACAGAUAAGAUCUCCCUGGAACCAUCUAAACUGAUGAGGAAAGAGCUGAAGGAAGCCCUGCAGACAAGAGAAGAGAUGGACAUAGUGCUUCAGUGGAAGGUGGCAUUUCUUGAAGGAAGCACUCCAUCUUCGGUGCCAGCCCCUGCUGCAGGAAGGAAGGCAAUGCCAGACACGGGCACAGGCACAGCAGACUGGGAUGCUGGGACGGUUCCUCCAUUAGCCUGGCGCUCUGAAGUUGUGAAGCCCUCUGAGCAUUCUGCAGGCGUGUCUGCAGGGACGACCUCACCAACUCCUACCUUGGAUGCUGCACAAAAAGCCAGCUCCCAUGGCAGGGGUCCUCCGACAGGAGAGACCAAAGACAUGGCAGGCAAGAAAUUCCAGGACCCAUUAGAAGUCAUGUGGCAAAUGCUGAAGGAAUGUCUGCAGAGAAGGCAAGAAAUGAAAGGAGAGCCUGUGCAGAAGGAAGCAUUUCCUGGAGGAAGCAGUGGUUCCGUGCCAGCCUCUGCUGAAGGAAGAGAGGCCAUGCCAGGCACAGGCACAGGAGCUGAACCUGCUGGUGAAGGCCCCACAUCCAGGACUGAGGCUCUGGGAGAUGCUGAGGGUGUGUCUGCAGGGAGGACUUCUCCAGCUCCAGCACUGGAUGCUCAGCCCCAACCCAGCUCCCAUGGCAGGGGUUCUCCGACAGGGAAGAUCCAAGACAGAACAGACCAGAUAUCCCUGGAACCCCCCAAACAGACGAAGCAAGAGCUGAAGGAAAUGCGGCAGGGAGGACAAGAAAUGAAAGGAGAGCCUGUGCACAUGGAAGCAUUACCCAGAGGAAGCAGUGGUUCCAUGCCAGCCUCUGCUCCACGAAGGGAGGCCAUGCCAGACCCAGGCAUGGGAGAUGAGGUUGCUGGGAAGGCUUCUCCAUUAGCUUGGAUGAAUAAAGUUUCCAAGCCCUUGGAGCCUCCUGCAGAUGUGUCUACAGGGAGGACUUCUCCAGCUCCUAACUUGGAAGCUGCACAAAAGCCCAUCUCCCAUCAGAGUGUUACUCCAACAGGGAAAAUCCAAGAUACAACAGAUAAGAUAUCCCUGGAACCAUCCAAACAGAUGAGGCAAGAGCUGAAGGAACUCCUGCAGACAAGACAAGAGAUGGACAUAGUGCUUCAGUGGAAGGUGGCAUUUCUUGAAGGAAGCACUCCAUCUUCAGUGCCAGCCUCUGCUGCAGGAAAGAAGGCAAUGCCAGACACGGGCACAGGCACAGCAGACUGGGAGGCUGGGAAGGAUUCUCCGUUAGCCUGGCGCUACGAAGUUUUGAAACCCUCUGGGCAUUCUGCAGGCGUGUCUGCAGGGACGACUUCACCAACUCCUACCUUGGAUGAUACAGAAAAGCCCAGCUCCCAUGGCAGGGGUCCUAUGACAGGAGAGACCAAAGACAUGGCAGGCAAGAAAUUCCAGGACCCAUUAGAAAUCAUGUGGCAAAUGCUGAAGGAACGUCUGCAGAGAAAGCAAGAAAUGAAAGGAGAGCCUGUGCAUAUGGAAGCACUUCCCAGAGGAAGCAGUGGUUCCGUGCCAGCCUCUGCUGCAGGAAGGGAGACUGUACAAGGCACAGGCACAGGAGCUGAACCUGCUGGUGAAGGCCCCACAUCCAGGACUGAGGCUCUGGGAGAUGCUGAGGGUGUGUCUGCAGGGAGGACUUCUUCAGCUCCAGGGCUGGAUGCUUGGCCCCAACCCAGCUCCCAUGGCAGGGGUCCUCCAAAAGGAAAGACCCAAGAUACUGCAGCCAAAAAGUCUCAUGAGGCAGAUGAAUUCCUGAGAGAAACACAGAAGGAAGCACCCGGAGGACAAGUGAUGGACCAAAAGGCUGUUCAGAAGGAGGAACAGCCAGGGAGAAGCAGUGGCUCAUUGGCAGCCCUAGCUGCAGGAAGGAAGGCAAUGACAGACACGGGCACAGGCACAGCAGAUGCAGCCGGCACCACAAGACCUGUUCCCAAUGCCCAGGAUGGCCUCAGAAGGGGUUUCUGUCAGGGAACAGGCUGCUGGCUACUGUUACUGGCAAGUGUGCUUUGUUUGGGGCUUGUGUUCCUGUUGUACUGCUUUGGAAUCGGGUAUUCCUGGAAGAGAAAACAGAGCACCUCGGGCCAGGAGUUGGAAGACGGUGGCUGCACCUCACACCCAGACAGCGUGAGCAGCUCCUCCAGCAGCAGGAACGGCCUGGACAGCCCUCUCAAGUGUUCUGUGAAGAGGACCCCAGAACAACCAACUACGAGGAAGCCUCUUAUUGCCCCAUAGAUCCCACUGCCACCUGCUCUCCCCAUGGGCCUCCCCAAGCUGCCUUCAUCCCUUUUUUUCUCUCCGUCUGUCCCAUCCCAGCCAACCCGAGUUCCUCUAGAGACCCCAGGACCAGCCCAGCACCUUCCAGCCCU